CCCAGCUCUCCUGCGCUGUGGAUUCUUUACCAUCUGAGCCACUAGGGAAGCCCUCAAACCUCUAUCCCCUGAAUUGAAAGGUGACGUCUUAAUCACUGACCACCAGGGAAGUCUCUAAGACUUUUGCCUUAAUUUUGUUUUGCCCUCUUCCCAGCUUUGUGACCUUGCACAUGAGCAAGAGUACCCAUUUUCUCACUCUUGUCAACUCUCCAUUGAAUCAUUUCUCCCCAAAGUAAAAUUGAAAUCUCAUUGCUGUUUACAUUUGCAUUUCUUUAUUAGGGAAGGUGAGUAUCUUUAUGGAUUGUUUAAUUUUAAUUUUUAUUUUGGAUAUUUGAGUUUUGAGGAGCCCCAUUGAACAGCAUAUCCCCUUUCUCCACAGAACAAAUUGAACAAACUGAUAUAAAACAAAUGAAGUUGCAGAUGGAAGUCUAAACAUCAGGUUUUGUACAAGGUGAAAGUAAACUAAAGGGCAUUGAUUAUUGAGUCAAGUGGACUUUAAAACAGCAAAUUUAAACAAUUUUACCAAACAGCCUGGAGGUUUGCAACUAUAUGGGAAGGACAGAGGUCCCUGUAGUUGAACUGUGUGAGCUUGCUCACAGGGAAGUUAAUAUUGGGAGUGGAUAAGAAUUUUUCCCUCAGAACAUUGUGAAUUGUCUAUUAUGUCUCUUGCUCAUUUUUUUUAACCUCACUCUUUUCCUUAUUAAUAUGUAAGAGCUACUUUAGGGCUAUUUUUUGAAUAAGAACCAGUUUGUCAAAUUUAUUUUUGUGUUUUCAACUUGCUUUAUAGUGUUUUUAAACCAUAAAUAGUUUUUUUUUUCAGUUUUAAUAUAGUCAGAGAUAUAUUUCUCAUCUCUCUCUUCAUUAAGGAUUUUGGUAGAUGUUUGUGUUUAAAAAAUGACUUGACUUGAAAAAAGCUGAAACUUUCUGAAGGAUAAAUGAGAGAAACUGAGUAACAGAAACAUAUCAUGUUCCAGGGCCAGAAGAAUUAACACUGUACAGUUUUAAUUCUCCACAAAACAGUAUAUCCAUUCACUGUAAUCACAAGCAAGGACUUAGCAGGUCUUUUUAGUGGACCAUGACCAGUUGAGUCUUAAAAUCUUUUGUAAAAAUGUUAAUAGAAAGGGCAAGAAAAUAUGUAAGAGAUAUUUUCAACUGGGUCUUUACUAUAUGAUAAAGGGAUUUGCUGUUUCUCUUCAGGAAGUCACCUACCCUUGUGGUUUGAAUGGAAAUGAAAGAGACACAAGUUGCCAUUUCUCUUUCGAGUCCUUUAGAAAUGAACGUUUUUCUCCUUUAAGGAAAUUUCAGUUAACUUGGCAAUUCUCCUCCCUCUAAUUGAGGGAAAGGCCCCCUCCUUUCCCCAUCACAGGGAGGGGGCGGAGCAUCCUCUGAGAAGCUUGGAUGUGAGCUGUGCCUGGCCACUCUUGGGGGAGGGGCUGCAUUUCACGAGGCUGCAGCUGACAAGAAGCUUCAAGUUGAAAUUUUCCUGGACCUGAUCAAGUGCGUAGCCUGGUUGCUGUGUUGACUACAGCCCUGUCUGUGUCCUCCUUGCAACUCAUUCUUUCAGACAACAGCUUAGGUUAAUGUCUGAGAUGCACAUGACCUGGGGAAUCUUCAGGAAUCUGUGACACCAAUUGAGCCCCAGAAGGGCAGCGCAACCACAGAAGUGCUGAACAGGGAGAAGGCCCUGCUGCAGACAAGCAGCUGGAGUGAGAAUAAAAAACAACGGGAUCAUAGGGGCAACUCUGCACGAUCCAUGUGACAUUGGAGAAGGACCGUCUGUCUUCAUCACAGGGAGGGGGCACAGCGUCCUCUGAGCAGCUUCGGAGUGAGCUGUGCCCGGCCACUCUUGGGGGAGGAGCAGCAUUUCACCGGGCUGCAGCUGACAAGAGCUCCAAGACAGCCUGUCUCUUUUUGCAGUAAGAAUCAAGACAACCAGAUCACAGAGCCAGACCCUUCCUGAUCCACGUGACAUUGGUAUCUUCCAUAUUGUCCAUUCAAACAACGUGUUCAAGCAUCCUUGGGAAGUUCAGCUGGAGGAGAACAGGCCACACAAGCAAUGAACACUUUGUAACUCUUUGUAGUUCUAAAAGGGGCACUGGUCAAAGUAUUGUUUGUGGGUAGGGACUUCCUUCACAGUGACAAGAAUAGCCAGACACAUAAGUCUCUGAUAUUAACCUCUUGGCACAUAAAUCUAAAUCAUAAUGGAUGCUGAGUAUGUCUUAUGCAAUUGGCAAGACCAGUUAUGGCCAGCAAAAGUUUUAUCCAGAUCUGAGGCUUCAUCAAAUAGUAAGAGAAAAAAGGUAUUUUCCCUGGAAGUUCAAAUACUCUCACUGGAUGAAAAAAUUCAAAUGGAAAGCACAGAAACAAAGAUCCUAACUAAAUCUCAAGUUGAAGCUAUUGUUUCCUCACUAGCCGCACAGUCAGAGGUCAGUGACCCACCUGGAGAGGAAACAGCCUAUGCCAGGUCACUAAAAAUGGCACUGGAUAUUCUGAAUGAGAGAGCAAAUUUGAUUCAAGCAAGCAGUUCAGAUGACGAAGAGACCACUAUACUGUCUCAAAACAUACCACAAAAGCCAUCUGAUUCACCCCCUCAUAAAAAGUAUCGGAAGCACGAAGGAGAAGGAGACUUACCAAAGUGUCUGGAGGAAAAUGAAAAUUCAACAACCCUGUUAGUAUCAUCAGAGAGUGAUGAUUUCCUGUAUGAUGAUAAAUCACAGGUGCGUGCAAUGAUUGCUAGUAUUCCAAAUGAAAUGGAAACAAAAUCAUCACAAAACCUCAGCUGGUGCCAGACUUUCCCUUCACUUUCAGAAGAAGAGGAUGAAAAAGAGAGCAAGAAAAAGAUUGACCUCUCAAUUUUGCCUUUACUUUCCACAAUUAAAGAGGAAGAUGUAUAUGUUAAAGAAGAAAAAUUCAGUCCAACUUUAUCGUCAGAUAGCUUCAUUGUGCCCAAAGCUUUAAAAGAGGAGCCAGAAGACAUCUACCCAGAGGCCCUGGCCGCAUCCUCUGAAUGCUCUGCCUUCUCAGAAAAUAUUGAAGAUCCUGGAGAGGGUCCCUCUGAUCCAUGCUCAGUUACCAGCCAGAAUCAACCUACUGUGGAAUCAGAGACACCUCAGCCUUCUUCAUGGGAACAUCAGGUUUCAUUUAGUGCCUCUAGCCAUUCCGGGGAUUAUUCACUCCUCGGGAGUAAUGAAAGAAAUCUUCAGAGACUGGAUUUUGAGGAAUUUGAGGAAGAAUUUCAAGCUUCUGACACGUCAGCACGUGUAAGUUCGAUUGCUGCAUCCAUAUUAGAUGAUGAUGAAGAAGAUGAAGAACUUCCACGUUUCCUUUUUCAUUAUGAGCAACGUUCAUUUGAAACAGGGAUGAUUGUCUGGUUUAAGUAUCAAAAAUAUCCAUUUUGGCCAUCAGUGAUAAAAAGCAUCAGGCGAAAAGAGAGAAAAGCAAGUGUGAUUUUUGUUGAGGCAAAUAUGAAUCCUGAAAAGAGAGGCGUUAGAGUGCCUUUUAGAAGAUUAAAGAAAUUUGACUGUAAAGAGAAGCAGACACUAGUGGAGAAAGCCAGGGAGGAAUACAGUGAAAGUAUUGACUGGUGCAUCUCGCUUAUUUGUGACUACAGAGUUAGAUUAGGUUGUGGUUCUUUUGCAGGCUCAUUUUUUGAGUAUUACGCUGCUGACAUUAGUUACCCAGUUAGGAAAAUAAUCAAACAGGAUACCUUCAGGAAUUUAUUUCCAAAGCUGCAAAAUGAAAAUACUGGGGGAUCAAUGUCUGUGACUUCCCAGACCAAGAAAAUGUCCUUCCAGAAAAUUCUUCCAGACCGAAUGAAGUCUGCUCGGGACCGAGCCAACAAGAACCUAGUGGACUUCAUCGUGAAUGCAAAGGGAACAGAGAGCCAUCUCUUAGCCAUUUUAAAUGGCACGAAAGGGUCCAGGUGGCUGAAAUCAUUCUUGAAUGCAAAUAGAUUCACACCCUGUAUUGAAACAUACUUUGAAGAUGAAGAUCAGUUGGACGAGGUUGUGAAAUAUUUACAAGAAGUCUACAAACAAAUAGAUGAAAAAAUGCUGACUCGGAUAAGAGAUGAUAAAAUUAAAUUUAUCCUGGAAGUUCUUCUGCCAGAAGCAAUCAUCUGCUCAAUUUCUGCUGUUGAUGGAUUAGAUUACAAGGCAGCAGAAGCAAAGUAUCUGAAGGGGCCAUCUCUAGGAUACAGGGAAAGAGAAUUAUUUGAUUCAAAAAUCUUGUUUGAAAAGAGGCGGAAACCGUUAACAAAGGAAGAUCAUUAAAUCUUCUGAGGGUCCAGUGACAGGGAGCUUCCAUAGAUUCUAGUUUAAAAGAAAACUCUCUGAAUGAUUUUAACAUUUUUUUUCCAGAAAUGGGAGACUUGGGUGAUAUGUUCACUUCUUUUUGCAAUAUCUAGCAUCUAUGACCUGUUGCUGCAUCUUCAUUUCCUUUUCUUUCACUUCUUCAACAUCAAAGUAUUUACAUAUUUCAGCAGUUCUACUUUCCUGUGCAUUUUUAGAAAGCAUAAUUCCAAUAUGAUUAAUAAAGGAAAGUACUAUUUUGUUUUUUUUUGACAUUUUUGUGUCUAUGCUGUAUAGUUAAAUAUAGUGUGCACAAUCGUUUUAAUAUUAAAGUUGCACUGGUGUGAGAUAUUAAGCAAGAUAAUUAGAAAAAAAGCACCAAUUAUAUAUUUUUGCUUAAUUUUUAUAAAAUAUUAGACUUUCUCUUAAGAUAGCUGAAUUAUUUUUCCUGCCAUGCUUAUUUAUUUUUGGAAAAAUAUCUCAGAUAUAGAACCAAAGAUAGAGAUGCUUUGCUAUAUAUUACAACUGAGUGCAAUUGCUUUUGCAAGAAAACAAUCUGGACUUCAAAAAUAAAGUAAAUGGAUUAUCUGCAUGCAGUCAAUGUGUGUGUGAAUAACAUCUCAGCAUGCAGAAAAUAAUUUUGGCAGCCUUGAACAGGAUUAUUCAUUCUACAGUUCCAUGUGUGGGAGUUCUAUUGUUCAAUAGCCAGAACAGUUUCUUAAAACAGACAGGCUUUCUGCUGCCUUCAUAACUAACAUUGGCUGUAUCUUAAUAUAGCCUUCUGACCACGUAUAGAAGGCAGCUAGAAUCAUUGUAUUCAUGGUCUGGCUACUCUAGACGUAUGAGUCCAGACUGACUGCUUAAGAGCCCACCUAGUUGAUAUAAAUAUUGGUAGAAAAUGCAAGCACUUUGUUCUGAAUCUUGUAUCUCCAAAUACAGAGUUGCUUGCUUCAAAUCAAGCAUUUUUUAUCAUCUGGCUUAUUUGUACAGUAGUUCCAGUUGCUUUCAAUAAUAUAAAUUCCAACUGGUAAAUCAUUCCACAUUACUAAAAAGAAUAGAUGGACCAGAAUCUGUGAAUUUGGAAAUGGGUCACAGAAAAACUCUCUGGACAAAUAUGACAAUUAUCCCAACAUGUUUAAAAAUACACAAUUGAAAGUUAGAGUCUGAAGUCAAUAAACUGUUUAUUCUAACUUGAAACAAGACUUUUAGUGAGAAUAAAUAUUGAGAGCUAUUUUAUUUUAAAAACUUGAUGUAAAAUUAAAUCCUAAAGGCUUAAUGUGAACCUGUCUGCAUUUUUCAAAGUGAGACAAAUGUCAUUCCUGGGGUUUUGUUAUGUGUUCACAUGGCCUUGUGUUUAUGUAAAAAUUGCAGAAAUUUGAUGUUUUGCUUCUCAAUAAAACUAUUAUACCUUU